AUGACAACUCGAACGAUAAUAGUAUGGGUGUGUCUGCUCGCCGUGUGUUACGGUCAGAGGGCUGAACAUCUGUUGGCCCAGAAUCCAUGUUCGAGUAAAACAACUUGUAGUGACUGUGCAAGGACAGCGACUUGUGCUUGGUGCUUCGCCCCUGAGUUUAAUGGACCGAGAUGCUUCAAUCCUGCCAUGGAAGGAGGCACCGCAGGGUGUGAUGAAGCCUACAUCUUUAACCCUGAUAAUCAGCAGUCUAUCGAUCCUAUGUACAACAGAGAGUUGACAAGAGCUAAGGGCCGAAUGGGCAUUGGCAUGGAAUCGGGCUACUACGAAGAGUCUAUGAGUAGUAGCAGUAGUAGCAGUAGUGGUAGUAGUGUUAAAGGCGGUGGCGGUUACAUGGCUGCUGGAGCUGGUGAAAACUUGGUGCAAAUUAAACCGCAACGUGUUAAACUACAGUUACGUAUGAACCAAAUGCAAAAGAUGUCCUUUUCGUACGCCCAGGCGCAAGAUUAUCCAGUUGAUUUGUACUACCUCAUGGACUUGAGUAGGUCGAUGAAAAACGAUAAAGAAAAGCUCAGUACUUUGGGCAGUUUGUUGUCAAGUACCAUGAGAAAUAUUACAUCAAACUUUAGGAUUGGAUUUGGGUCUUUCGUGGAUAAACUCGUGAUGCCGUAUGUGUCUACUGUACCGAAGAAUUUGAUUUCACCGUGCGAUGGCUGCGCUGCGCCUUAUGGAUACAAAAAUCAAAUGUCGCUCAGCAAUGAUACAGACUUCUUUGACAAAGCGGUAGCUCAAGCUGACGUGUCAGGAAACCUGGAUGCUCCCGAAGGUGGCUUCGACGCCAUAAUGCAGGCCGUGGUCUGCAAACAGGAGAUCGGCUGGAGGGAACACGCAAGGAAAUUGCUCGUCUUCUCAACUGACGCCGGGUUCCAUUACGCGGGAGAUGGAAAGCUGGGUGGUAUUGUUCAACCGAAUGAUGGGGAGUGCCACAUGGAAGACAACUCGUACACACACUCUACAGUGCAAGAUUAUCCCAGCAUUUCGCAAAUUAACCUUAAGGUGAAAGAGCAUGCUAUCAAUGUAAUAUUUGCGGUAACGGCUGAGCAGAUUAAUGUGUAUGAGCAGUUGAGCAGACAUAUUGAGGGCUCCAGCAGUGGUAUACUUAGUGAUGACUCGGAUAACGUUGUGGACUUGGUCCGGGAACAGUAUAAUAAAAUUACGUCGACAGUAGAAAUGAAGGACACGUCAAGUGACGCAGUGCAGAUUAUGUAUUAUUCAUCAUGUUUGGGAAGCAAAGAUAAGCUCGUACAGACAAAUAAGUGUGAGGGACUAAAGAUUCCGAGGCUUCCUCCAGAUCUCUAUGAACAAAGUAUUCCUGCUGUAAACAGUGAUCUAGAAGAAUCAAGAGCUACAUUGAAUGAUCAACCUACCACACUUUCAGUAGACGACCAGUUUAGUAUGACUGUUUCAAACGAGCUGCCUAGUACAUCUACGCAGGAGGAUGAUAAUUCUCAGCUUUAUCAAGAUUUGUCAUCUACUGCUACAGUAUCCCAGCAAGCUAUUUCAUCGACACCCAAAAACAAAAAGUCAGCCUGCCUUUUCUGUGAUCACGUUGAGAAAAAAGUUGGUAAAAGAAGAAUUUAUGUAACAUUUCCGCAAUCUGAAGCAACAGUUGAAACAAUAAAAUCAAUGGCCGCAAAAUUAAAUGAUUCAAAGCUAUUAACGAAACUAGAAAACCCUCAAUCUGUUGCUUAUCAUUCAAAUUGUUUUUCAUUAUAUCAGAUGUCACUGAAACAGCAAUGUAAGGAACACUCAGAGCCAAGAUAUUGGCACAAAAACCGUCAAUUUCAUCAGUCAGCAUUCAGUGCGAUUUCGGAAAUUAUAAUGGCGGAAAUUAUUGAGAAAAAUCGCAUUAUGUAUUUCACUGAUUUGUUAUCUCAAUAUAAAUCAUUGCUGUUGGAAUUCUCUGAAGGUCAAGUACGCGCUGAAGAUUUACAAGAAUAUCGUGCUGAAAAUUUAGAAAACAAAAUUAUAAAAGCUUUAGGCGAUCGAGUUACUAUAGAGUCAUCCUUGGGACCGACAAAAAGGAAAAUUGUCUAUCAGUAUGACAUGGACUCGUCACGAUUAGCUUUAGAAAUAGCUAAGUUACAAUCUACUGAAAAGAAUCGAUGCAGAGAUGUCGCUUACGAAUUGCGAAACUGUAUAACAUCUCAAGAAAGAAUGAAGCUGCCGGUCAAUCUGACUCCAGAGGAUGUCAUUCUCGGAGAGUGUAAUAUUCCAGAACAAUUAUUUAAUUUCGUGUGUGACUUAGUUCAAGGACCAGAUACUCGACGUAAAAAUUCAGAUGACGACUUAGUGAAAAUAAAGUCUGUGUGUAGUGAUCUGAUUUAUAUUGUAACCAAAGGUAGAGUCAAACCGUCAAAACAUCUUACGCUCGGGUUGUCAAUGAAAUCUAUGACAAGUUCACGAAAAGUUCUAACGAUAUUGAACAGAUAUGGACAUACAAUAGGCUAUAAUUUAGCUGAAGAAAUUGAAACUGAGAUGACGUAUAGUUCCCAAAAAGAAAACAAUGUUAUACCUGCCGGUAUUAGCAGAGUUGAUGGACUAAGUACGCACGUAGCUUUCGAUAAUUUUGACCGUUUCGUCGAUACAGCCACUGGGAAAGAUACUCUGCACGAUACAGUCGGUAUCAUUUAUCAGUUUCGCAGUGAAAAUGAUGACCCUAAUAAUAUGGACAGUUCGGAUACUUCUGAUUCAGAAUCCUUAGGCGCAUAUGUCCAUGAAGGUCCCACAGAGCCUCUUGCAAGAGUUCGUAAGAGACGGCGUUUUGAAGCACCUUCAAAAGAAAUUCGUCCCUUCGUAAAGACACCUUUUACAAGUAUGACGUUUCUUCCUUUUCAGACAAUUACUGAGAUAAUCGAUGCAUGUCACUCAGGAAAAUUGAUUGCAAUUGAUAAAGAUUUGAUUUGGAGUAUGUCUUUAUCUCGAAUAGAUUCGGUACCCAUGUGGUUAGGUUAUAACUGCAAAAUAAGCAUUGAUGGAAGUAAAAUUCAGAAAGUCGAGUACUUAUCACCAAUAAAUGAAUCUCCUACGUCGUUAGCUGUUGUUCAGGAAACUCUUAACAUUGCAAAGGAAGUUGCUAAGAAUUGUAAUCAACAGCAGAUUAUAGCUACUUACGAUUUAGCAAUAGCCAAAUUAGCUUGCAGAUUCAACAUACUAAAAAACCAGAAUUUGACUUUUUAA